UUCUUUUGUUUUGUAGAAUUAGAGUCCUCAUUCCAUUUUGUUUCCUGACCAAGAUUCCCAUUAGUUGUCCCUGCGUGUGUUUGGUUGUAUUUGUUUUGUUCAUGAUCACACUCCUGGCAAAAACAAACUUCAGCCCAAAUCAAUAAAAUGUGUCUUUCUGGGAUAUUCUAGACUUCAAAAAGGUUACAAAUGCUACAAUCCACUUACAAAUAAAUACUUUGUGUCAGCUGAUGUAACCUUCUUUAAAACAUCUCCCUAUUUUUCCUUCAACACUGCAUCCAAGGCUUUUAUUCCUACCGCUUUACCAGUUCCUACUCUUCCUCCACAACCAAUCAGUCCACCACCUCUACACGUCUACUCACGUUGUCCUCAUCCUCCCACUAACACCAUUGAUGCUCCUUUACUUGAUACAGGUACAACACCGACUCUUUGUGACUCUCGCCCUCCUUCAUCUUCACCUAUUUUGGUCUCGCCUUCAACAGACGAUGCUAUUCCUCCCAUUGUCAUCCGAAAAGGUAUUUGUUCGUCUCGAAAUCCUCAUCCCAUUCAUAAUUUUGUGAGUUAUCAUCGUUUGUCUCCUUCCUCCUAUACUUUUGUCACCACUUUGUCUGAUAUAUCUGUACCUAAGAAUAUUAGAGAAGCUUUGGAACAUCCAGGAUGGUGUAAUGCAAUGAUUGAAGAGAUGACUGCUCUCCAUAACAAUGGCACUUGGGAUUUGGUGCCACUAUCGAAGGGCAAAUCUACUGUUGACUGUCGAUGGGUUUAUAGAGUCAAGGUGGGGUCCUGAUGGCCAGAUUGAUAGACUUAAAGCUCGCCUUGUUGCAAAGGGCUAUACUCAGAUCUUUGGCCUCGAUUAUAGUGAUACCUUCUCUCCCGUGACUAAGAUUACCUCGAUUCGCCUUCUUAUUACCUUAGCUGUCAUUCAUCACUGGCCACUUCAUCAACUGGAUAUCAAAAAUGCCUUUUUACGUGGCAAGCUAGCUGAGGAAGUUUAUAUGGAGCAACCACCAGGGUUUGUUGCUCAGGGAGAGUCUGGUUUGGUGUGUCGCCUACAGCGUUCUUUAUAUGACUUGAAACAAUCUCCGAGAGCAUGGUUUGAACGGUUCAGUACUGUAGUCCAACAAUUUAGAAAGUCUCGGAGUGCAGCUGACCAUUCAGUAUUUUUCCACCAUAAUGGCCAUGAUAAGUGCAUUUAUCUCGUUGUUUUUGUUGAUGACAUUGUUAUUACAGGAAAUGAUCAUGUUGGGAUCUCAAAACUCAAACAACACUUGUCCAGUCAAUUUCAGACUAAGGAUCUUGGGAAGUUAAAGUAUUUCUUGGGGAUUGCAGUGGCACAAUCCAUGACAGGUAUCACUAUUUCUCAAAGGAAAUAUGCUUUGGAUAUACUGACAGAGAUGGGCAUGUUAGACUGUAGACACGCAGAUACUCUUAUGGAUCCAAAUGUCAAACUUGUUCCUGGACAGGGGAAACCAUUGAAGGAUCCUAGUAGAUACCGGAGAUUGGUUGGAAAACUCAAUUAUCUUACAAUCAUGUGCCCAGACAUCUCAUUUGCUGUAAGUGUGGUCAGUCAGUUCCUUCAAGUACCAUGUAGUAGUCAUUGGGAUGCAGUUAUUCGGAUACUCAGAUAUAUUAAAGGAGCUUCAAGACAAGGCCUAUUAUAUGAAGGCAGGGGUCAUUCACAGAUUAUUGGUUACUCAAAUGCAGAUUGGGCAGGUUCUCCUUCAGACAGACGGUCUACUUCAAGAUACUGCGUUAUGAUUGGAGAUAAUUUGAUUUCUUGGAAAAAUAAGAAGCAAGAUGUAGUUGCUAGGUCAAGUGUAGAAACAGAAUAUCGAGCUAUGGCUUUGGUAACUUGUGAACUUAUAUAAUUGAAACAACUUCUCCAAGAGUUGAAGUAUGGGGAACUUGAACAAAUGCAGCUAAUCUGUGACAAUCAAGUUGCACUUCACAUUACCUCUAAUCCAGUGUUGCAUGAGAGAACGAAACAUAUAGAGGUGGAUUGUCAUUUCAUCAGACAAAAGAUUGAAUCUGGGUGUAUUGCCACUAGCUUUAUUAGCUCAAAGGACUAAUUAGCAGAUAUCCUGACAAAAUCUCUCAGAGGCUCUCGGAUUGAAUAAAUUUGUAACAAGCUUGAAGCAUAUGAUUUAUACGCUCUAGCUUGAGGCUAGUACUAACAAAGAUGGUGAUUCUGCAUUAAAUUCCUGGAGAGACCUUCUUGAUAAUCAAAAACAGUGGUGGGAUUACCGCAGCAAUAAGCGUAGUGGAUUGGCACAUUCAAGACAUCCUGAUUUUAAACGCAAGGAUGGUGGUGUGGCUCUCUGGCUUGAUAGGGCACCGGGCUGGAUUUUAUCAGAACUUGAAAAGUUGGAGUUUCAUAAGAUUCCUAAAUCAAAACAAGGGAAGCCGUUUAAAAGUAUGAAUUUUUUCCUGACAUGCAUAUAUUACCCUAUGUUGUGUGCCUUUGUCCUUGGAGUUGCCUGCUUCUUUUUUUCGUUUUUCUUUCUUGCGCAUGAUCGAGGAAAAAAAAACAUAAAUACAAUGUUUAGGUUAAUCCCUUAUUGUUGUACUCCCUUAUCUAUAAAUAUCUAAAAGUACUACCCAUUAUGGAAAUUUUGGCUGAUGCUGGAAAAUUGUAACCUAUUCUCCAUCUUUUACACUGAUUUGCCUUGAAGUAGUGGAGCCUAGACCUCAAUCCCUGCCAUUAUCUGGAGCUUUAAGUUCAUAGUACCCUCUUUGAAAGUAGACUUUGGAGUUUGGGGGCCACUGGGCUAGUUUUGUGAUUGUAUGUUAUGCAGACUAUAUGGUGCAAAAGAAAAAAUUGUACAUUUAGGGUGCAUUUGGUUCAGUGGAUAGAAUAGGACACGAUAAUUCUCACAUGUCCUGUGUUUGGUGCAUGUUUUGGACAAGACAUAACUAUAUAAGGGGAUUCUUGUCUUGUCCAAUUCUCAUUUUUCUGUCCUCCAUUCCUUUUGAGACAGCUUGCCCAUUUCCAUGGGACAAGAAUAAUAAAAUUUAUAAUUCAAAAAUAUAAGUAAAAAUAAAUAAAUAUUAUAUUUCUUAAA